AAUAAGAGAAGUGGAAUCUCUCUCUCCUCUCUCUCUCCUCUCUCUCUCCCUCUCGCUUUCUCGCUCUGAUCAGUUUGGCGUCUUCUUCAUCCUCCUCUUCCUCUCUGUUUUCUCGAUUGUUCUUCUUUUUCGGCUGCUGCGGAGUUUUUUGGCGAACCCUAGAAGGGGCGGAUCCGGUCGGAGUCCCGCCGGCGGGGAGUCUGCGGCCGGAAUGCGGCUGAGUUGGUUGCCGGGAAGAUCGGCAGUCCAUGGUUCCGAUUUAUGGCGCGGACGAUCGCGCGGAGGCCGGGGAGGUAGGGUUGACUAGAGCGACGCAUGUCUCGGAGGAAAUGGCGUCUGCUCCCUUGACGGCACUGGAGCGCCCGAGAGGUAGAGGGACGAACACGGUUUUCAAGAGUGGUCCUCUUUUCAUUUCCUCAAAGGGAAUUGGUUGGAAGUCAUGGAAGAGACGGUGGUUCAUACUUACACGAACGUCAUUGGUGUUCUUCAAAAAUGAUCCUAAUGCACUUCCUCAUCGAGGAGGUGAGGUGAACCUUACUCUUGGUGGGAUUGACUUAAACAAUUCUGGAAGUGUGGUAGUCAGGGAAGAUAAGAAGCUCUUAACUGUCUUAUUCCCUGAUGGACGUGAUGGACGAGCUUUCACGCUUAAGGCGGAGUCAUCAGAGGAUUUAUUUGAAUGGAAAGCAGCACUUGAGCAUGCCUUGGCAGAAGCACCUGAUGCAUCUCUUGUGAUGGGACACAAUGGAAUUUUCAGAAAUGAUGUGUCAGAUACUUUUGAAGGGUCUUUCCAAGAAUGGAAAGAUAAGCACCCUGUCAAGUCUUUGGUUGUCGGACGACCAAUUUUGCUCGCACUUGAAGACAUUGAUGGGAGUCCAUCUUUUCUGGAAAAAGCGUUGUGUUUCCUUGAGCAGUUUGGAUCAAAAAUUGAAGGAAUUUUGCGUCAAGCUGCUGAUGUUGAGGAAGUUGAACGCAGGGUUCAGGAAUAUGAACAGGGGAAAACGGAAUUUUCUCCUGAAGAGGAUGCCCAUGUUGUGGGUGACUGUGUUAAGCUUGUGCUGCGGGAGCUGCCUUCCUCUCCGGUUCCUGCAUCGUGCUGCACUUCACUGUUAGAAGCAUACAGAAUCGAUCAGAAGGAAGCUCGUGUUGCAGCAAUGCGUGCUGCAAUAUCUGAGACUUUCCCAGAACCAAAUCGACGGCUUCUACAGAGGGUUCUGAAAAUGAUGCGCUCUGUUGCUCAUAACACUGCUGAGAACAGAAUGACGGCAUCUGCUGUUGCUGCAUGUAUGGCUCCACUGCUUCUGCGCCCACUUCUAGCGGGUGAAUGUGAGCUUGAGGAUGAUCUUGAUAUGAGUGGAGAUUGUUCUGCUCAGUUCCUUGCAGCUGCAAAUGCAGCCAAUAAUGCCCAGGGAAUUAUCAGAACCCUCCUGGAAGAGUAUGAGAAUGUCUUCGAUGAGGAGCACCUAAAUGUCUUCCCUUCGGUGAACUAUCAAAUGGAAGACAGUGGUAGUGAUGAUUCAGUAAAUGAUGAACAUGUGAAGGUACAUGACGAUGUGUACCAUGAUUUGCAUCAUGAAGAUGAUGAUGGAGCACAGCAUGCAGAACGAAUGGAUAGUGGCAAGCUGAGUGGAAGCAGUGGGAAUGAUGCUAGUGAUCUAUAUGAUUAUAAGGUUUUUGAAGGUGCUGAUUCUGAUGUUGAAUUUCUUAAAGACACUCACACUUCCGAAGUGAACAAAUUAACACCAAGAGAGUUUGGUGGUGAUAAUAAGCUCCAGGGUCCUCAAAGCAAAAGCAAGGAAUUUUUCCAGACUGACAAGGAAAGUCCUUUAGUGGUACCUAAUGCUGAACCAUAUGUAUCAACUGGAGAUGUUUCUUCUUCUGUAAGUAGAAGGGUUGUGCCCUGCCCUGGGCAUGAGCCUUGCACAGAGAAGUUAAUUAACAAAACAAAUGGAACUCUGUCCAGCACUAAGCGGUCAAACUUCUGGGGCCGUAGUGGAGCAAGGAAAAAUCUCUCCAUGGAAUCCAUCGAUUCACCUAGUGAUGAGGAGCUUGUAAUUCGGAGGCUUGAGAGUACAAAGAAUGAACUGCGUAACAGGAUUGCAAAGGAGGCUAAGGGGAACGCGAUACUACAAGCAAGUUUGGAAAGAAGAAAGCUGGCUUUGCAUGAACGUCGUUUAGCUCUUGAACAAGAUGUUUCAAGAUUGCAAGAGCAGCUGCAAGCAGAAAGAGAUCUCCGUGCAGCAUUGGAGGCCGGGUUAAGUAUGUCUUCUGGGCAGUUUAGUUCACGUAGUAUGGAUUCAAAGACAAGAGCUGAGCUUGAGGAGAUUGCACUGGCCGAAGCGGAUGUUGCAAGGUUGAAACAGAAGGUUGCUGAACUUCAUUUGCAGCUAGAUCAACAACGGCAGCACCAUUUUGGGUCUCUUUCUGAUGCAUAUGAUCAGUACCAGCUUCUACAGAAGUUUCAGUCACAGCCGAAGAUCUUUCAACAAGAUUUUGAUUCAACUCUUGCUUUCUGUAAUUAUGAAAGGGCACAGAGAAGUGAGGACCCAUCAUCCGCGUGGAGGAGCAUCAAGCCACAGGUUGCACAAUCUGUGUUGAAUAGACAGGUUCAAUGGAAGCCACCAGCAGAUUUGUCAAGCCCAGCCAUCUCCAAAGUCUCUGAGGCUUCAACAAGCUUGUCUACAGAUGAGAUUUGUGCCAUCGACUCUUCUGUGAACAAGGCAUCAGGGGAUCUGGAGGGAAAUGAACAGCCACGCCAACCCUUAGCAUCAUCCACUCUGGUUGAACUAACGACCCGGCUGGACUUCUUCAAGGAGAGGCGUUCCCAGCUCAUGGAACAGCUCCACAAUCUUGACCUGAGUUAUAGGCCUAAUUCACAAGGCCCUGUGUACAAAGCAUCUCCACCAUGGACCAGUCCAAGAUAAAAUGAUCAUAUUCCAAUCAUUUGUAUAUCCUAAUACCUGUAACUCUUGUAUUUGGCUAUCCUCAAUCUGUCUCUUUUCAUAUCGCAAUUGGUGUAAUCAGUUUUCUUUUUGUUUUUGCUUUUCUUUUGCGCCAAUUCGUUUUUUUGUUGUUCACGUAGAAGUGUUUGAUCUACUCGAAUUAUCUUAUGUGAUCAGAAGUAACGGUAAUUCGAAGAUUAUGUAUUUGAUUGUUUCAGUUAUUAAAACUGCAACAUGUGAUCGGAUGCAA